UAGCUAGCAUGGUCUCCAAGCUCCCAAUCAUGGCUCUUCCUACAAUGGUUGUCCUCAGAGUCUCAGACAGCUUUGAGAAAUACCCUAGAAGUGGAACUAGAUUUUCGCCUGUUACUUCUUGAAGGAGCGAUACCAUUUUUGAGAGAACCUUAUUAGUUCCCUAAAAAUCACCAGAAAGAUGCGAUCUUUUCCCUUCAAACCUAAUGUUGAGCAGUUGGUACACAGUGAUUUUUCUGAAUUUUCUUUAAUUGGGUUCCGUAGGGUGAGGUUGUGUUAUUGAAUGCAGGCAUUAAUGAGAUUUUAAUAGCAGAGCAUGGAGAGUCAGAGUCUCUUUGAGAGUGGUUCCGCGAAUGUGGUGAAGAGCUUACUGUAUGACGAAUGUAUGGACAAAGCAACUCAAAGACGCCGUGCUCGUGAGGCGUUUAAGGAAGUCCAAUGUGGGAUUGAUCAUUGCUUGAUGAAGAUUCCAUAUGAAGGGCUGAAGAUAGAGGAGAAAUAUGAGGUGAACUCUAGAGGUUUGGAAAUAUUCUCCAAGAGCUGGAUUCCUGAGGCUGCUCGUCCGAAAGCAGUUGUCUGUUACUGUCAUGGUUAUGGUGAAACAUGCACAUUUACAUUUGAAGGAAUUGCAAAGAAGUUGGCAUCAUCUGGAUAUGCAGUUUUCGCAAUGGAUUAUCCAGGGUUUGGCCUCUCUGAAGGCCUUCAUGGCUAUAUUCCAAGCUUUGAUAGCCUUGUCAAUUAUGUUGUCGAACACUUCUCCAAAGUCAAAGAGAAUCCAGACUUCCGAGGUCUUCCAAGUUUCCUGUUCGGUCAGUCUAUGGGCGGAGCUGUGGCAGUGAAGAUUCACCUAAAACAACCUGAAGCAUGGAAUGGUGCCAUUCUUGUUGCACCAAUGUGCAAAUUAGGAGAUGCCAUGUUUCCACCAUGGUUUGUGCUGCAAAUUUUGAUUGUAUCAGCUCAUCUUUUUCCAAAGCUGAAAUUAGUUCAAUCCAUGAACUUCUUGGAGAUGGCAGUAAGAGAUGUGAAAAAAAGAGAGCUGCAUGCAGCAUAUAACAUAAUCGCUUACAAGGAUAGAGCACGACUUGGGACGGCUUUAGAAUGUAUCAAAACCACCCAAGAGAUAGAAAAACGACUUGAAGAGGUCUCCUUGCCAUUACUAAUCUUGCAUGGGAAGGCUGAUGUUAUUACCGAUCCAUCGAUAAGCGAGGCUUUAUAUGAGAAGGCAAGCAGUUGGGACAAGAAGAUAAAUCUGUAUGAGGAUGCUUAUCAUUGCCUUCUUGAUGGUGAACCAGAUGAGAUGAUCUCUAAAGUUCUUGGUGACAUUACCUCCUGGCUUGAUGAUCACAUUGCCCUCCAUUAGACAAGUUUUUCUUCUCUCUAGGAAAUUAGGCCUUCAUGUAACCUGCUCUAUCAAAAGCUAGCAGCUCAGAACCUCAAGUCUUAAUUUAUUUGACUGACCUAGCCAUAUUUAGCCAUCAUGCCGCUGCUAAAGAAGAAGUUUGAUUCAUCUGUGUUUGUGGUGAUGGUGUUUGUUGUGGAGGUGCUUCGCUUAUCAUAAACAGAUUUUUUGCUUUUGCAAGAUAAAUUUGGAAAGGU